UUACAUGACCAAGAAGAAAAAAACAGUAAAAUUGCGUAGCAAAUUUGACUUAAAAUAAGAAGUUUAUCACCAAUGUUCCGAUCAGUUUUUGUGUUUCCUCUGCUUUUUACAGCUGUUUAUUCUCAGUGUGAUAGCAGAAGAGGCACUGAGGGAAUAACACAGUGCGUUUCGUCCAUUUAUUUCCAUGAAACAAAAGAAGAGCCUGUAGUGUGUCUUAAAAAAUCUACCAUCCACUCUUUAGCCCGCCGUGUGCAUGUUGCCUGCCGGGAUCCAUCUGCAGAUUUUUGUUGGUAUUACUGUUCCUUAACUCCAAACAGAGGAGGUAUCAGUACUUGUCAAUGUGACACAGAUAGUUCAACAUCAGUCAAGUCAAUAGUACCCCUUCAUUGUUAUAUACCAUCGGGUAAAAGCUGUUCAUGGUAUAGGGAGUGUUUGGAAACCCGAAUUCCAUGCCAAUCGACGAAUCAUAAAUAUGCUUUAGAAUAUGCAGAGAAGUAUUGUGAACGCUAUGAACACAAUUAUGCCGGUUUUUCUUUACAGGGAAAAGCAUGGGUGGAUGCGGUGAGGAAAUGUUUGCAAGAAAGGUUGGUCUUCGCACUGUUUCCUCAAAAAACUGUUUCUUGUGAAAAUCUGAAGGCAGAGGCCUUUCUGUCUCAUAUUGACUGUUAUCAGAAUCCGGCACCAGAUGUCCGCUUUUGUGAUUUGAGUCUUAAUGAUCAGAUGAGAGUAUUUUGGACAAUAAAGGGUGCUUUAUUGUCUGAAUUCAAAAAGACAGUAUCUUCGGGAUGGAAAGUUAUCUUAUCUUGUAUGACUGGUUCAUAUCCUCAACAAACCGCAAAAUUAGUUAUGCUUGAAAUUGAAUUUACGAACACUCUUAUUACAGAGGAAAAAAUAGAAAAUAUUGCAAAAGAAUUGUCUCGUGAACUCGGAUGGUCACAAGACAUAAUAUUUGCUUCCUCGGGCCCAGACACCCACGAUUCCCAGACAAAAUCCGUCUUAAUAAAAAUAUUUGUUUCUUCUCAAUCUAACAACCGAUUAAGUUUGGAUGAGGCCAUCAACUCUCUGAUACAGAGAGCUAUGUCUGGAACAUCCAUCACCCUGACACUGGAUGACGGUAGUACAGUCAAGAUCAUAGCCGUAACAGGCUGCAAUGACCCACAAUGCAUGUCUACGUCAUUUGCUUUAAAAACAA